AUGACAGCUGGAUUAAUUAUUUUCACAGUGACAGUAGCUGUGUUUUCUGACCCUCUUCAUGGCCUCUCACACACCUACUUCCAGGCCACAAAGCCUGCAGGUUCAUCAGAUCCCCAGUUCACUGAGAAGUUCUUCACCCAGACUUUGGAUCAUUUCAACUUCAACAGCAUGGGCAACGGAACGUUCAGCCAGCGAUACCUGAUCACAGACCAAUACUGGAAGAAAGGCUAUGGUCCCAUCUUCUUCUACACCGGAAAUGAAGGCGACAUCUGGGAGUUUGCUCUGAACUCUGGGUUCAUCACAGAGCUGGCAGCUCAGCAGCAGGCACUGGUCAUAUUCGCUGAACAUAGAUAUUACGGCAAAUCUCUGCCGUUUGGGAAAGAGUCCUUCAACAUCCCUCAGGUGGGUCUGCUGACGGUGGAGCAGGCCCUCGCUGACUACGCCAUCAUGAUCAGGGAGCUGAAGGAGCAGCUGGCAGCCUCACACUGUCCUGUUAUUGUGUUUGGUGGCAGCUACGGAGGAAUGUUGUCCGUCUACAUGAGACUCAAGUAUCCCAACAUGGUGGCCGGCGCCCUGGCGGCCAGCGCCCCCAUCCUGUCCACUGCUGGUCUCGGAGACGCCGCACAGUUUUUCAGAGACGUUACAGCUGAUUUUGAGAACAUCAGCCCUGAUUGCAGAGAUGCUGUGAGAGGAGCUUUCCAUCUGUUAAAACAAUUAGCUGAUCGCCAAGAUUACAGUAGCAUCCAGUCAGAAUUUGCUCUCUGCAAGCCGCCGGCGUCUCCUCAGGACAUCCAGCAGCUCUACGGCCUGCUGAGGAACGCCUUCACCAUGAUGGCCAUGCUGGACUAUCCCUACAGCACCAGCUUCAUGGGCAACAUGCCCGCCAACCCUGUCAAGGUGGCCUGUGGAACCAUGCUGAGAGGAUUGGAUCUGCUGGCUAACCUCCGAGACACCGCAGGGAUCGUGUACAACUCGACCGGGUUGCUGACCUGUUUUGACCUCUACAGUCUCUAUGUACAGUGUGCUGACCCAACUGGAUGUGGACUGGGAUUCAACAGCCUGGCAUGGGACUACCAGGCCUGCACAGAAGUGGAGCUGUGCUUUGAGAGUAACAACUUGACAGACAUGUUUCCUCCGAUGGCCUUCACUGAGAAGGACCGAAAGGCCUACUGCUCCAAGCGCUGGGCUGUGGUUCCUCGGCCAGGCUGGCUCCAAAUCCAGUUCUGGGGGGAUGCCCUCUCCACCGCAAACAACAUCAUUUUCUCCAACGGGGAUCUGGACCCAUGGGCCAACGGAGGGGUGCGCAAGUCGCUGAGUUCAUCGCUGGUUGCGCUAAACAUUUCUGGAGGGGCUCAUCACCUGGACCUGAGAGGAUCUAAUGACUCUGAUCCAGCCUCAGUCGUCAGAGUCAGAAAGGCUGAAGCAGAGCUCAUUGCACAGUGGGUGAAGAUGGAAAGGUCUAGACUAACAGCAGCAUACACACAGCUGUAGGGUUCAUCUGAUCUAUUGUUUUAAAAGAAUCCAACAGAAUACAAAAGAGCACAUUUAAAGCAUCCCGUCUUGUAUUUUUCCCUCAAUAUUUGAAUCAAAUAAGUGGUAAAUUGAAGUUAACUUCUUGUCUGAUUCUAUAGAUUUUCAGCUGCUUCCAUCCACUGAUACUUAAACAUGGUACAGAUUUAUUGUACCGAGAAGGUAUAGCAAAGAACAGUGAGAACAGUCAUGGCAUUAUAGUAGCUGUAACCGAACAGGUUUUUAUCAUACAUACAGAUGGAAAUUAUCUGAUAUUUCUACUUGUUGUUUGCUGUUUUAUUAAAAUGCUUCCUUCCAGCCAAAACCUUGUAGUGAAGUCUUGCUAAUAAAGAUUAGGCUGAGAAAGAAACUAGAGAUUGUCCAUAAAGCUUUGUUGAAUAAAUAACUUUUUUUCCCA